UAGAGCUCCGCCGUACCGCGAGAAGGCACGAACUGACAACCGAUGUGUCAGAAAUAACCCCUUUAGUCAGGAUAUGUUGAGAACACACCGCAGGACUCUGGGAUGUUUCAUGGACUCGGAAUCGAAGGAGAUUUUUUUGUCCUCAUCUAUGUAGGACGUGGCGUUUGCCAAUGCAUUGACUCAAUUUGCCGCAAAAGAAACGUGCAUUCUUUUGUAUUACGCGCAAAGACAGCAACCUGGACUACUCUUUUGAAACAGGAAUGGUUUAUCCUCCCGAAGGUCUAUUCUACAUCGAAAUGGAUCAAGCAGCACCAGCUCUCCCUCCCAGGUCAACAAAGCCAGUGUCCUCCACCAUGAACAACAACUGCCUUUCGCCCCCUACAUAUACCAUAGAGGACGCAGAGUGGUACUGGGGAGAUGUAACCAGGGACGAGGUGAAUGAGAAGCUCCGGGACACACCUGAUGGCUCCUUUUUGGUGCGUGACGCAUCCACAAAGCUGCAAGGAGACUUCACACUGACGUUACGGAAAGACGGGCACAACAAGCUGAUUAAGAUCUACCACCGUGAUGGGAAGUACGGUUUCUCGGACCCCCUCACGUUCAUAUCAGUAGUGGAGCUCAUCUGGCACUAUCAGCACCAUCCGUUGGUGGAGUACAACGCCACACUGGACCUAAUGCUAACCAAUCCUGUGUCCCGCUUCCAGCAGGUGAAAGAGGAUAAUGUAGAUGUCGCUGGAAGAAAGUUAAAGGAGGUUCACUGUCAGUAUCAAGAGAAGUCCAAGGAGUUUGAUCACCUUUAUGAAACUUUCACAAAGACCUCACACGAGAUCCAAAUGAAACGAACGGCAAUUGAGGCCUUCAACGAGACGAUGCUGAUCUUCGAGGAGCAGUGUCGCGAACAGGAGCGUUAUGGAGAGGAGUUUGAAAUGAACAAUCAGUCCGAAGGAGCCGACAAAGAUCUGGAGAGCUUUUUGAUAAAUUAUGAGAAGCUGAAGUGUCGUCUAGGGGAGAUCUACGACAGCAAAAUCCAUCUGGAAGAAGACUUGAGAACGCAGGUGGAGGACUACAGAGAGACGGACAGGAAAAUUAACAGCUUGCGGCCCGACCUCAUAGAGCUGCGCAACAUCAGAGACCUGUACCUCAACUGGCUAAAUCACAAAGGCGUAAGGCAGAAACGCAUAAACGACUGGCUGGGGCUUCUGAGUGACAGCCUUGAUGACACUUAUGUGUUAAAAGGAGACGAGAAGAAUUUGCCACAUCAGGAGGAGACAAAUUGGUUUGUUGGUGAAAUGAGCCGGACACAGGCCGAGGAGAUGCUCCAAGGAAAAGCUCCCGGAACGUUCCUGAUCCGCGAGAGCAGUAAACAGGGAUGCUACGCUUGCUCUGUUGUCGUUAAUGAAGAAGUGAAGCAUUGUAUGGUCUACAGCACACCGCACGGAUACGGAUUUGCAGAGCCAUACGACGCCCACUGCUCACUGAAAGAACUUGUCCUGCACUAUCGCCUGCACUCCUUAGUGCAACAUAAUGAUGCCCUGGAUGUUCGGCUGACACAUCCAGUUCACGCCAAAGCUGCAGCCACGCCUUCCCAACAUGCAGAGGAACACAAACUAUUACAGACUCCAAAACACACGUCGGGGCUCCCGCCUGCCGCUCCAGAAAUGUAAUCCAACGGGAAAGAGACAAAAGGACAUGUUUACUGUAUCCUGUGAGAAUGACUGCAUUGAGGUGCAUCGUGUAAAGUUUUGCACUAGAGUGAUUCCAUCGGUUUUGUGAAUGGGAUUUCACAGAUUGAAGUGGGACUGGAACUUGAAUGUCAGCUUGAACUUGGUUUUGUUUUUUUCAAAGAGACUGUUUAAGCUUUUAAUAUUUUCUUUUGUACUUCAUUUAUUCCCAUUUGUUUAAUGGACACAUUUUAUGGUAGGGAUGUUGAAAACCAGAGAAAUCAGGUGCUGCACCUUUGUUUAACUUUAGCUUUUACAAGCAGAGUUGAUGUUGCUAGAGAUGUCCAUUUCUCUAGUUAGUUCAGAAAAUCCGACAAAUAGUUUAGAGAUAUAUUUGGUUAUUAUGGAGUUAUAUUUGUGGCUAAUUUCUGAGUGUGUUAUGGAACAUUUUGAACACAGAAAAGUAAGCUACCACAUACAUUAUAUUCAGUAGAGAAAUGUAAAGAAAUUUCUAAUUUGAGCGAAAGAGAAAAAUGCUUAUAUCCACAUAAGCAUACAAUAAUAACCUCUUUCACUCUGUUUUGCACAUUUGCGUACAUUUAAACAGUAGAGGGUACCGCUUCUUGUUUUAUAAGAUUGCCGACAGGUUGUAUAAUGUAAUGAAUUAAUUGAAAUAUUGAAGCCAAUACAUGACUCCAGACUAACAAUGCCUUAGCCGUGUAGCUAGCAAUCACGAAGCAAGCCUAUAAGCUACUGCAUAAACGGCAGACGUUAGCUGGCUAGCAGCCUAACCAAGAUAGCUUAGCUUCAAGCUAAUAAAUGAAGACAAACUAACUAAAGUUCAUUAAAAUAGGCACGUCACCAAAACUUUAUUUAGAGCUGCUUAUCAUGCUUCCCCCCUCCCUAAGUAACUGAUAAGAGUAAGAAUCAGAUUGGAGACACAAAAGCCAAUCAGGAAUGACCUACUCCAGUUUUCUGAUUUGCUGCCAUUGUGACAAAUUGAACGCACAUACAGAUCUAAUCACAGCAGAGAUGUUGAGAAUAAGAGAAAGAAUGAAUUUGUGUCCAAUCACAGAGAUUUAAGAGGGAGGAAAUCAGUUAAACCAAUGUGCCCUUAUGUGAACUUGAAAAACUAAGUGUAUAGAACCCUAAAUUCUUUGCGCAACUUUAUUUUCUCUACAAAAUAUAAUCUGUGUGAUUUUAGGAAAUAUUUUUCUGUGUUUAAAAUGUACCAUCGCGUGCUCCGGAAUAAUAAUUACGUUACUACUACUUAGUGCAUUUGUGAAGGGGGAUAAAUGGUGCUGUAAACAGGCUGUUUCCGGCAUACUGGUUUGGUGGACCAAACCAUUUUCUGGGUAAAUGCCACGUGUGAAUAUGUGAAAAAGUCGUGGUGCAUCUUGACAAUUUGCCCCUUUCGUAACAGACAUUCAUAUACAGUGGAUACUUAUGUAGCAUUAACAUCCUGUAGAAUACCAUUGUAAGAGCAUACUCAAUGUUAUAACCAUUGACCAAAGCACUUAAUAGUGAGCAAAACUUCGUCCCUUACGUUGAGUCCCGUAAUCGCAUUUGGGCAAAAAGGAGGGCAAUUUAUGUACACCUGCUGAUGUGCUGAUCAAAACAUAAUCUGAAGUACUGUAUGUUAUAUUCUGUUACUCAAAGAAGUAUAAGCUUUUUGUAUUCUAUAUAUAUUUUUUCUAUAAACAUGCCACAAGAUGAAAGCUAGAAGAAAGUGCAAUCCAACAGUGUUUCUAUUGUUGCAACGUUUGACGAUGAUGAUGGUGGAGAAGGUAAUGCUGUUAUGAGAGGUUGACAUUUGCCACAAAAAUGCACUCUCCUUGGUGGUGUCGGUAUGAUGUGGCCUCCGAUGUUUGUGUGAACUGCCAGAGGUCCGGAAGUAUCCUGCCUCCAUUACUUGAACUGUGGCAUUGCUCGAGCUAUGAAUGUUUUUCAUGACAUGCAGCCUACAUAGCUUAAGAGGAAAGGAAUCCAUGUUGAACUUGGCACAUUUUUCAAGUUUGAGGACAAUAGAUACUCUGUACAGAGAAACUGUAAAAUGUAUUUCUGAGGUUGGUUUAUGGAAGGAGCGUGAUUAAGCCUCUUAUAAAAAUAUAACUCCACUGGGGGAUUGAGGAAACUCCUCGGGUGAAGCUAAGCAAUGUGAGAUCCUGACCUUUUUCUUGCUGAAAGACAAUAAACUGAUGAGGGUUUUGUCAA